AUGGUAACGAGCGUAGUCGAACUAGUUGGUAGUCUCAAGAGUUCAACAUUACGCCGCCAAGAGCUAGCAGCGGAGGCGGCGAGUCGGCUCGUCAUCUCACUGUUACCGAUAAUGCAGGUGGCCGUCAUGUCCCGAGGAGAAUGGCAAGAUGCGUGGGCGGCAUAUUUAAGAACCGGACAAACUCUGAUCGGAAAGCAGAUCAGCCCAGAUCUCUUGGCUAUCAUGGCGACCUUUGACAAAGAGGGCCUGGCGGAAAGAGAAUCCCAGGAUAUAGUUUCAGCGUUAAAAGCGGUCUUGCCCUCUUGGCUAGACCUGGUGGACGAGAAGUCUGAAGACUUGGUAGAAAUUAUCCCCAGGGCGGCCCUUACGUACCUCAUCCUGUCGCGGCCGAAGGACCGGGCGGCGCAAGUGGAGGAGUGGACAGACCUCGUUAGGGUGCACUCGUCCAAGCUACACGACGCAACCGGCUAUUUCCACGCGGUAACGCUGGCCUACCCAAUCUGCUCCGCCACGGGGAUGGAGGGGAUAAGUGCGGCGAAUAUGAUUUGCGAGGCUUUGCUCCAAAGGUGGGCAACGGAGAAAGACUUGGAGAUGAAGGCGUCACUUCUUAGCAGCUUAACGCAGAGCAACAUCCUGCGCAAAGAGCCCCGGCGAUUCCUCGGGGUGCUCAUGGAGGGGCUAAACGAUUACACGACGACAUCUCGUGGUGAUAUCGGGGCAUAUCUACGUGGGGCCUCACUAAAGGCCGCGAGAGCCAUGUGGCAGUCCAUUGGCGACCCCGCACCUUCAGACGACCAGGAGUGGCUACAAAGGACGGUGUCUGCACUUUUUCUGAGCGUGCUGAGACUUGCGUCAGAGAAACUGGACAAGGUGCGAGGCGAGGCUCAGAAAACGCUGUCGCUCCUGGUACAUCCUGACUUUGCCCCCAGCUUCUUGCAACCCUCACCAUCCUCUGCGAAAUACCUGGGAACUCUGCUACGGAUGUUGGAGGUUGACUGUCUCUUGCCUCUUGUUUCGGGGGUUGUGAAGGCUGACAGGUCGGCAUGGAUGCAAGAGUUACUGGCAGGCUACGUGACCUCUGCGGAUUCGGGAAAUGAAAACCUCGUUAUCACAAGCCGGGAGAUGCUGUGUGAGUUCUGUGAAGAGUCUCAGGAAAAGCUCGAGGCGGUCUGCGCAGCGCUUACCCAAAACCUGAGAGAUCGGAUCGGGCAAGACAGGCUCUUGAUACCGACGCUGGAGAUUAUCUCAUUCCUUCUGAAUGUUGGGCUGAUGCAGCAGUCUACAGAGGUAGACGCUCGCACACUUACCCUUCUCACUCAAAAGGCAAGCUACAAGAGUAGCAAUGUGCGCAAACUUGAGACUUGCAUCAAAGUAUACGGUGGGGUGGCACGGCUGACAGGCGGGGAGGCGCAGGUGAGGAUGAGGCGGCUAGAGGAGGGCGCCGCAGAAUCUAAAAAGAGACUUGGGGCCCUACUAUACCAUCCCUGGCCGCGGGUGCGGACUUAUGUUAUCGAUGAACUAUGGAGCAUACUUGAGGACGAAGGUAUGGAGACGGGCCAGGGAUCAAAGUUGAAGGGGAUUGAUUGGGGGAGGAGAAGAAGGAAGCUAUCAAGGCUGUGGUUCACGAGCUGGGGCUUGCCUAAGGGAGAGACGGAGGCCCCCGGUCCCUACCGAUAG